CCUGAAGGUGACCUAAGACCUUAUAUCAAGUCCCAUGAAAUUUUUUUUUUGUUUUUGAAAGUAGUACAUUUGUACAUUCUGAAACUAUCAAAAUUUAAAUCAUUUGUUGGUAGCUUUUUUAGAAAACUUAGUAAGAAGUUUUAUAAAUAACGAUGUUUUCGUAUUAAAAUAAUACUUUCCCGUCAGCCAUUAUAGUUGUUUACUUUCUGCAAUUGCAGCAGCGUGAUUGGCUUUAAUAAUAUUUAUUAGUUUCCGAUUGGCUUAUAGUUGUUGUUGCUUUAAAAGACUUUAACAAUAUUUAUAAACACAUUUUAGCAAUAACAGCGAUUUUAUUUAAUUAAUUAAGUAAAAUACUUAUAUUGACUUGAAUUUAAAAGCCGAUUAAAAAAUAUAGGAACUAUUUCUCAAUAAUAGAAAAGAAAUGCCAUACUUUGCUAAAGAUCAUAACGAGUUUUUAAAAUGCUUUUGCAUAUGCUGUAUGAAAAAAAGUAAUGAUUUAAGAUGCAUUCAAACCAAAUGCAAUAAACCAGGUCCAAAACAAGCAAAAAAUUAUGAAAAUCUUAUCAAGAGAUUUUUUUGGGAAAACUACUCUGUUGAAAACCCGGAUCUGCCUAAAAUGUUAUGUUCUAAUUGCAGAAAAAAUCUAGUGAGUUUAGAAAAAACAGAUUCAAAAAGAUUUUUAUUCAAGGCUCGACCUAAGUACGAAGGUAAGUUUUAUAAGAAAAUAAGCCAAUAAAAACCAAUUAUGUUUUGCAUUAUUAUUGUUUUUCUUAUAAACAAUAUUUUGUUUGCACUAAAAAAAUAACUUUUUAUUACUUUUAGAUCUUAAUACUAGAGUUAUUCGAGGUGGGAAAUGUGAGUGUUUUAUUUGUGUUAAUGGGCGUAAAAAUGGUACUGAAACAGCAACUCUUCCACCAAUGGUAUCUUGUGAAACUAAUGCAGAUAUUGAUCAAAGUCACAGUAAUUUGAAUCUUUCGACUACCAAUGAAAAUCUUGUUAUUUGCAGAAGUUGUUUUCAACAAAUAGGAAAAGGUAUUAAACAUCCUUGCACAAAGUUAGCUAAGCAAAGGAAUUUGAUGCAUAUUGUACAAUCAACCUCACCUGUUACUAAAGAAAAGGUUUUAUCCACCACAAUCAACAGUUUAGUAACCCAUAAUGCAAAAAUAACAUUGAACGCCUUUGGCCCUAAGAAGCUUGUUGUUUCUAUUGGAGUAGUUGAACCGAAAACACCGUACUUUUCACAUUCAAAACCAGGCUUACAUAUUUUGCUAGGCAUAGUAGACAAGUUACUCAAAAUAAUUGAAAAAAACUUGUUUGAGGACACUAAUCAAGGAUUUAAUUUUGUAAAUAGUUAUCUAUCUACAAUUAAUCUUGCCAGAGUACCUUAUCAAGGUAAACACAGGUUAGAAGGAAAUGCAUCCAACAAGUUUUUAAAAAAACUUGAUUGCUUUCAAAUAUAUCUGGAUGAGCACAAUAUUAUUGGUGGCAAAUAUAUGAAAGCUUUGAGAGACUUUAGCGAUGUUGUUCAUGGGUGUUUUGGGAAAAUAUUAAAUCCAAACUACUCUGAUUAUAUUAAAAGAUUUUCACAAAGUUUCAGAGAUCUUGGUUCAAACAUUCCUCUUAAAGUUCAUAUAGUGGAGCAUCAUGUUGAAGAGUUUAUUGUUAUGAAAGGAGGAAAGUUUGGUUUAGGGUAUUGGACUGAGCAAGCAUUGGAAUCAGUCCAUCAAGACUUCAAACAAUUUUGGGAAAUACGAAAGAAUUCUUUCAUUACAAAUCCAAAGAUGAUUCUAUAUGGGCAUUGUAUUCCUGUAGACCUACAUUAUCCUCUUCAAUAAAAAAGAAAGCUAACUUUUAAGAAGUGAUAAAUUAGUCAAUGUUCUGACUAGAAUGCCCAAAUUAUUAUCAGAAUUUAUAUCAAAAUACGAUCCUCAAAUUGUCAAUCCACUAGAUCAAACAACCAAACAAAUUAUAUACAGCUAUUUAAUCCACUUGCAGGGGUCUUAGGGCGAGUCAGAGGGGCAUUAAUCUCUAGUUAAAACAUGUCUUAAAGCUUAGAUUUCUCAAAAAGCUACCAAAAAAUGAUUUACUUUUUAGUAGUUUUGGAAUGUGCUCAUGGACUACUUUCAAAAUCAAAAAAAAAAAUUCAUGGGAUAUGAUAUAAGGUCUUAGGUCACCUUCAGGGUACCCGUGAUAUAUAUAUAUAUAUAUAAAUCCCGUAAACAUUAUAGGCAAAAUUCCAAUAAAUAUUAAAUGCAACGUUGAACCAACGUAAAAUACAA